AUGGAGUGAGGCGGAGGCCGCCCCGCGCCGCGCAAGAUGCCCAGGCCGGGCGCCGCGCCGCCGCCGGCCGAGGACGAGGACGAGUUCUGGAUCGAGGGCUCCCGCCGGGACUGCGCGCUUGAGCGCUUCUACGCCCGCGGCGCCGAGCUGGGCAGGGGUGCCACAUCGGUGGUGUACAGCUGCGAAGAUAAAGAGACUCAUGCCCAGUAUGCUGCCAAAAUACUGAAGAAGACGAUAGAUAAGAAAAUUGUCAGGACCGAAAUUGGCGUUUUGCUGAGACUCUCGCAUCCAAAUAUAAUCAAACUCAAAGAGAUCUUUGAGACCCCCUCGGAGAUCACCCUCAUCCUUGAGCUUGUGACGGGUGGAGAGCUCUUUGACAGGAUUGUGGAGAGGGGUUUCUACAGUGAGAGAGAUGCGGCCAAUGUGGUGAAGCAAAUCCUAGAGGCUGUGUCUUAUUUGCACGCCAAUGGAGUGGUCCACCGUGACCUGAAACCAGAGAAUCUCCUCUAUGCUGAUCUCUCUCCAGACGCUCCUCUCAAAAUUGGAGAUUUUGGGUUAUCCAAGAUUGUGGAUGAACAGGACACAAUGAAAACUGUGUGUGGCACCCCAGGAUACUGUGCUCCCGAAAUCCUCCAUGGGUCUCCAUAUGGUCCUGAAGUAGAUAUGUGGUCUGUCGGAGUCAUAACGUAUAUCUUGCUGUGUGGCUUUGAACCAUUUUUUGACCCAAGAGGAGAUCAAUAUAUGUACAGCAGGAUUCUAAACUGUGACUAUGAAUUUGUCUCUCCUUGGUGGGAUGAAGUGUCUCUCAAUGCCAAGGAUUUGGUUCAAAAACUGAUAGUAUUGGAUCCCCAGGAAAGAUUGACAGUGCAGCAGGCAUUGGAGCAUCCGUGGGUCACAGGCAAAGCUGCUAAGUUUGCUCACAUGGACAGUACGCAGAAGAAAUUACAGGAAUUCAAUGCGAGAAGGAAGCUGAAGGCUGCAAUGAAAGCUGUCGUUGCCUCAAGCCGUCUGGGCAAUCACAGCCACCACGACAGUUCUAGAAACGGGCGUCACCCGGAUGCGGCCAAAGAACCGCGCCUGGACCAGGGAGCAGAGAGCGCUCUCAGCCUUGAAGACAACCUUUACAGUCAGCCCUCUGGGACCAGCUUGCCAGAUGCUGGCCCUGCACCCCCUUCGGCCAAGCCGGAGAACCUUGAAUCUUUCCGAACCGAGUACUCCAUUGCCCCUGCAGUUGCGGUGAACGGUGCUGGCUGCCCAAGUUAACCCUGCAGGAGUCCAGCUGUUUUAUUCUUGCCAACUAUUCAAAGGGGCAAAGUCAGCCCCCCCCCCCCCCCCACCCCGCCUGCCACAAAAGUAACUUGCAGGAUUGAGAGAGCAUGCAGAGAGGGGGGGCCAUUCUUCUUACAAACUUUGGAUGCUGUUUAAUAACAAUUUCUCUCAUUCUAUAGUUUACUCCCCCCCCCUUUUAUUGUUUCCAAAACAUGAACAUGUAUUUUCGCACAAUUUAAAAAAAGGAAACAGGCUAGCAGAGGAAAGCAGUUAAGUGGGUUGCUUGAAAAUGCACACACUGAUUGGAGAAAGGAGCAGUCUGCUUCAAUAUUACACUAGGUUUGGUAAAGAGUUGAAAUUCUGGUUUUCAAAAUCAGAUAUUUUAGGAACACUUUUUUCAUAAAACAAUUUUGGAAUCUUAUUGGGAUAUUUGUUUUAUUGAAAUACUGUUAUUUAUUUAUUUUAAAAGAUUUUAGCCGACCUGUCCAAAGGUCUAGCAAAUCAGAUGUCAUGCAGUACCAAUAACUCUCAUAAAUCUCAUAUAGCAACAGAAUCAUAAAUGUCACUGAGCAGCUUUUGGAAGAGCUUUUGUCUCAAGAACGGCACAGAAAUUCAACUGGAGGAGGCUUUAUGCCUUGAACUUUGGCACAUUGGCAGUUAAGGGCCCUCCUCCUUCCUUUGGAUGAAAGCUGCUUUGGCAGUUAUGUGGGGGUGAAGCAUCUCAGACAGUCUUCAAAAAAUCAGAAUGCACCUCUGAAUUACUGUCCUGGAAAUUCAGUUCAAAGCUCAAAUACACAUUUGGGUUUCUCCUCUGUUUAUUUGCAGAUGUCUUUUAAAAUUUUUUGCAGAUUUGGCUUCUUAUUUGGGGGGGGGCUACUCCCAAUCAGAUUUUAUCCCCUCUGGGGACCAGUAUGUUUUCCCCAACAGGAGUAAAAGCAGGCUGGAAAUGGAUUUUUCCAGGAGGAGAAGAUUGCAUUUUCCCUCUCUCUUUCCCCUCCUGCUCUUCCUCUCCUUGAGAAAAGCAGUGCUGGAGGCUGCAUUUGUCAAAGAGAAGAAAGAAAAUACCUUUGUUUAAAAUAAACAUAAGAAGGUACUGUAUGGAAAUGUCCUUGUUACUGAUUGUACUAUCUCGCACUAUGUAAUCCACCUUGAACCUCAGUGAGAAAGGCGGACUAUAAAUGACAUAAAUAAAUAAAAUAAAUAAAUCAGGAACCCUAAAGGGUAGCUUUGCCUCCCAGUCUAAAUUUCAGCACUUGGUGUGUAAAGCUGCUUUCCAUUUUAAGGGGACAUGUUCAGUUACAACGAGAUUGUGUUAACGCUGUUGUAUAUGUAGCCUUUUAGUGGAUAUGGGGAAGAGGAUUUGAUGUGCUACAGUAGUGGAUCCUAGUUAAUAAUCAUAAUGACUAUAAUAAUUUAAAUUACAGAUGUAGAGAGAGAAAGUAAAUAGUGUAGUCUAAACAUUAAAUUGCAGAGAUGCCAGGUACUGAUUUGCUGACCCAGUAAUUCCCACUUUCUGCGGGCUGGGGCACACCCACGUGCUGUGGGAGAACUGCCAGAAAUUAACUAAUUAAAACAACAGAGAGG